AUGGUCGUGGGAUCUUUGCUUGUCACCUGUAUCAUUGGCUUCAUCUUCGUCGGAUACCAGGAGUUUCCCAUGGAACCGCCAUGGCUGCUGUUGAUCUGGAACAACUCGGUCUUCAGCGCCAUCACCUUCGGCAUUUUGAGCGUCUGGCUGGCCACCCACGGCUCCAGCAGCUCCAACAGCGCCGCCACCAAGAUCCUCACGCAGGACCGUUGA